GGCGUAAAACAGUGCCAUGACAACACGUGUCAAUCAGCGCACCCUCAUUACGGUGUCAUAUGGAUGACGCUGUAGACACGGCUUUCUGCGAGAGGAAUUUCACCAUUUCUAGUCAGAGGACGAGAAAAAAAGAUUUCACACGUCUAGGUUGUAUCAUUUUUAGCUAAAUCUUCGAGAAGAAAGUGAAACUGCUGGUUGUUUUCAGCUCAUACAGCAGAUGAUGGAGCAGCGGUCUGAACCAAAGUUGGGAAGAGGAAAAGGUCAGAGGAGGGCUGUAGCCAGACUGUCCUGCAGGGAAAAAACAACUGCUCUGCCAAGAAAGAACCUGUUGUAGUGCUGGAAAAACUUAACACUGAAGCCCCAGCGAGGAAGAAGAGGAAGGGGGCAGUCGGGCAGCCCAUGAGGAGAACUAGGAGACAGAGGAAAGCCACCAAGCUUGACACCUUUGCCUCUCGCUAUACAAUGGGAGAAAAACUAGGCGAAGGAAGCUUUGGAUCUGUCUUUAAAGGACAACGUGUAUCUGAUGGCCUACAGGUGGCCAUUAAAUUUGUGAGAAAACUGCAUGUUUCUAUUUUCCUUCAGGCUGAUGAGAUAAAGGUCAUGCCUGUGGAGGUGGCUCUGCUGCAGAUCAGGAGCCAGACACCCAUCUGCAAGACCGUCAUCCAGCUCAUCGAAUGGUUUGAUGAGCUUGACCGCUACAUCUUGGUCCUGGAGCGUCCUGAUCCUUGCAAGAGCUUAGACAGUUUCCUUCAGGACUGUGGAGGUUAUGUCACUGAAGACAUGGUGCAAAAUUUAAUGUGGCAGUCAGUGAUGGCAGCGUUUCAGUGCAGAAGGCAAGGUGUCCUGCACUGGGAAAUCAAGCCGGAAAACUUAUUGAUCAACCAGGACACUUUGGAGGUCAAACUGAUUGACUUUGGCUGCGGCGAUUUCAUCAAGAAAUAUGGUUAUAAUAUUUUUGAAGGCACGGAUGAAUACUGCCCUUCUGAGUUUAUUCUGGAUGGGAGGUAUCAUGCUGGUCCUGCAAGUGUUUGGUCCCUUGGUGUUCUAAUGUUCAGGAUGGUUUGCAGGUACCUUCCCUUUACUAAUGAUGAUGACAUCACUGGUGGGGGUCUGCACUUCAGAGAUGGCCUCUCAGAUGGCGAGACAAAUGAGAGCAUCCUGGUAAACAAUUGUGAAAAUGACAGUUGUUCAUACCUUUAA